AUUACAGCAUUUAAAAAAAUAUGGCAUCACAUGAUUGGACUUCCGCACCACAAGAUGUCAGAUAACGUUUCCCCAAUCUCCUCUUAGGUAACACGUUUAAGCGAAAUAAAAAAGUGCGCUUUUAUGUAGUUUUAAGAAGCAGGAACUGGUUUCGGCGAAGACUCGUCAUGUCGCUGCUGGGAGUCGCAAACUUCCUGCUGCUGCUCCUCGGAGUCUCUCUGGCCGCGCCGCCGUCCUUCAGCGUGGACUUCCAGAACGACUGCUUCCGCAAGGACGGCGAGAAGUUCCGCUACAUCUCGGGCAGCAUCCACUACAGCAGGAUCCCCAGGGCCUACUGGAAGGACCGGCUGCUUAAGAUGUACAUGGCGGGCCUGAAUGCCGUCCAGACGUAUGUUCCAUGGAACUUCCACGAGGCGUCCCCGGGCAUAUACGACUUCAGGGGGGACCGAGAUUUGGAACGUUUCCUUCAGCUGGCUCAAGAUAUCGGCCUCCUGGUCAUCCUUCGACCGGGGCCUUAUAUUUGUGCCGAGUGGGACAUGGGAGGACUGCCUGCCUGGCUACUGCAGAAGAAUGACAUUGUGCUGCGUUCUUCAGAUCCAGAUUACAUAGCAGCAGUGGACAGCUGGAUGGACAAGUUGCUCCCGAUGAUGAUUCCUUUCCUCUAUCGGAAUGGCGGCCCCAUCAUCAGCGUGCAGGUGGAGAAUGAAUACGGCAGCUACUUUGCGUGCGACUACAACUACAUGCGCCACCUCACCAAGCUGAUGCGAUCUCACCUAGGCGAAGACGUGGUGCUGUUCACCACCGACGGCGCCUCGCCGGGCUUCCUCAAGUGCGGCGCCAUCCAAGGCGUCUACGCCACCGUCGACUUCGGCCCAGGUUCCAAUGUGUCUGCAGCAUUUGCAACCCAGCGGCACGCAGAACCUCACGGACCCUUGGUGAACUCAGAGUUCUACACGGGCUGGCUGGACCACUGGGGCUGGCCUCACUCCGCCGUCUCGACCAAAAAAGUGGCCUUGACCCUCAGUGAGAUGUUGGCUAUGGGCGCAAACGUCAACCUGUACAUGUUCAUUGGUGGGACCAACUUUGGAUAUUGGAACGGUGCCAAUUCGCCUUACGCCGCGCAGCCGACCAGUUACGACUACAACGCUCCACUCACCGAGGCCGGAGACCUCACCGAGAAGUACUUUGCAAUCCGGGAGGUGAUCAAAAUGUACCGGAAAAUACCACAAGGGCCCAUACCGCCUUCAAGUCCCAAGUUUGCAUAUGGAGCUGUCAAAAUGCAACAGCUCCAAACGGUGUCCGAAGCCUUGGAGACAAUCUCCUUCUCCGGCCCAGUGGAGGCCGCGUUCCCUCAGACGUUCACUGACCUCAACCAGGCAUUUGGCUACGUGCUGUACAGGACCGAGCUGCCGGUGAACUGCAGCACGCCCACGCCGCUGGCAUCGCCGCUGAACGGGGUCCACGACCGAGCAUAUGUGUCAGUGGACGGGGUGGCUGCGGGGGUUCUGGAGAGAAACAAAGUCCUGAGCGUUAACGUGACCGGCGAAGCUGGCAGCCGAGUGGACAUACUGGUGGAGAACAUGGGCCGGAUCAACUACGGAAAGUCAAUCAAUGACUUCAAGGGCCUCGUGACCAACCUGACGUUGGCCAACGUCGCGCUCAAAGGGUGGACCAUGUACAGCCUCAGCAUAGACGAAGCGGUCAGCCAGGGCCUCUUCUGGGAGACCGGGCCCACGUCGACCGGCUGGCUCCGUCCCGCCGCCCUCUCCCUUCCGGCUUUCUACGCAGGAACUUUCCUCAUUCCCGACGGCAUCCCAGAUCUACCUCAGGACACCUACGUCAGCCUGUCCGAAUGGCGCAAGGGGCAGGUCUGGAUCAACGGUUUCAAUUUAGGACGCUACUGGCCGUCGCGAGGCCCGCAGUUGACUCUCUUCGUCCCGGCCAGCAUCCUCAGCACCAAAGCCCCCAACAACGUGACAGUUCUGGAGCUGGAGGCCGCCCCCUGCCUCCCGGGACCGUGCGCGGUGGAGUUCACCGCCACGCCCGUCCUGAAUGCGACGGUGCAGAACGACCGCCGGCGGCGCUGGCCAACGUUUAGGGCCGAUAUGCUUUAAUGAGAAAGGGAAGUGUCCGCUGCGCCACGUUGAGCAAAUUUUGUUGAAAAUGAUUUGUGACUUUUAAUAAUUCAAUGUGUCCUCUGGAGAAGUGCUGGAACACUUGAUCACUUGAAUGAUAUUUUAAACUUUUGUCACUGGGUCCACCAUUAUUUUGCCAAAAACACAUCAGGGAAAUGCUCACUUUUAAAUGUUUUUUUUUUCUUAAAUCUUUGCUAUAAACCCAUUUUAAUGGAUUGACUUUUAAUAAAAAUGGAAGGAUUAUACUGCACA